AAGUGCCGAGUGCGAAGCCAGUCAGUUUUCGAUUGCCGAUGGGCCCGGACAGACAUGAGCGGAGGAGACUACGAGAGCGGUGACUACUUUAUGCGCAGUCGGAAGCUUCGCGACAAGCCGCCGCUGUGGGACUCCUUCCAGGAUCCGCCGUCGAAGAAGACCAGCGGCUCCGAUGUCGACUGGAAGAAGCUGCAGUUCUUCCUGAAACUCUUCAAGCUCUUCGUCUACCUCCUGGUCUUCGCAGUUGUUCUCGCCUCGAGCGUGUUUGCCAAGCUGCUUUAUCUCUACAUGGCCGGAAACACAGGUGGCAGCGGGCCACGGGUGCAAGUGUGCAGCAAGAAUCUGCUCCGUCACGGCCAGGUGGAGGCGGUGCCCAGUGAGCUAGAUCAAAUCGCCUGGGUCUGGGCCUUGAUCUUCGCCUUCGCCGCCCCGGAGCUGCUCACAUUCCUUCGCGCCCUCCGCAUUUGCAUGUUCAAGCGCGAGCAGCGACCCAGCGGACUGGAAGUGGGUCUGGUCACGCUCUUUGAGCUGCUGCACGUCGUUGGCCUGGCCCUGCUCACCUUCACCGUGCUCCCGGCCCUGGAUGCGACUCGCGGUGCCAUUCUGGGCUGCUGCGUCUGCUUUGUGCCCGCCCUGCUGAACCUGCUGACGGGCACGCGACUGCACUGGCAGAAGGCGGACAGCCUGGUCCUGGCACUCUCGGUCCUGGCCCUGAUUGCCCAGAGCAGCGUCUUCCUGGUCUGGCCCUCGCUGAGCGACAGUCUGGAGGUCCAGCUGCUGGCCAUCCCGCUGCUGCUCGUCUCGUUCCGCUGGUGGGAGAACUUCGCCAACACCCACGAGGCCAUCGCCUACAUCAUCCGCACCAUCCGAUGCACUCGCUCCCGCUACCACACGUACCUCUACCUGGCGCCCUUGAAGGUGGUGCUCUUUGCGGGUGUGGGCUUCCUCCUGCACGGUCAGGACUUUGUGGAGUACUUCACCAGGUUCCUGGAUGCCUGGCGGCCGCACCUCAUCACGCUGGUGCAGAGUAACCCCAACGCGCUGCUGUCAGCAGAGGCGAACUCAUCCAUCACGGCCCUUCCGCCGCGGAGCCAGUUCACCAUGCAGUCCAGUCCGAACGCAGUGGUCUACGCACUGGCAGCCCAGGUGGGAGCUGCAUACCUGUGCCACGUGUUCGGCAAGUUCGCCUGCAAAAUCAAGAUCCAGGUGUUCAGCUGCGCACUGCCCCUCAGCCUGGCCGGUCCCGCCACCGUGUGCCUGGCCACCGUGCUGGCCCAGAUGCGGGCCUCGGACCCGUGCGCCCUGCACGGCCUGCUGCCGGACUACCUGGCGCCGGUGGCUCUGGGCGGGAGUUGGGCGGAGCUGGGCCAGCGCUGCUUGGAUUUGGCCCUGUGGCUGUGGCCGCUGUGGUGGCUGGCCCAGGUGUGGACCUGCCUGCACAUCUGGCAGCCGCGCAACGACAAGAACGCCCCCACCGAGAAGCUGUUCGUCUGCCCCUGGUACUGUGGUCUGAUGGUGGACCAGUGCUCGAUGAUGAACCGGCGGAUCGUGGACUGGAGCGAGGAGUACCUGGCCAUCAAGAGCGACCUAACCACGCCGAGGGAUCCUGUGGUGGCCCUGGCAUCCGACAUCAAUGCCAGCCGGGACAUCCGGGAGGAGGACAAGGUGCCGCAGCUGAUUGUGUGCGCCACCAUGUGGCACGAGACCGAGGACGAGAUGAUGGAGUUCCUCAAGUCAAUUGUCCGCCUGGAUGAGGAUCAAUGCGCGCGCCGCAUGGCGAGGAUCCACCUGAACGGCGGCAAGGCGGACGACGAGUACUAUGAAUUGGAAACCAACAUCUUUUUCGACGAUGCCUUUGUGCUGGACCCGCGGCAGUGCCAGAACAAGCGCAAUCCGCCGAUCAACGAGUACGUGAAGACCCUCACUCGCACCAUAGACAAGGCCGCCUUCGAAGUGUACGGCGUGAGCAUCCGGAUCAAGCCGCCCCUGAAGAUCGAGACGCCGUACGGAGGCCGUUUGGUGUGGAUCCUGCCCGGCCGCACCAAGAUGGUGGCCCAUCUCAAGAACAAGGACAAGAUCCGGCACAAGAAGCGCUGGUCGCAGGUCAUGUACAUGUACUACCUGCUCGGCUACCGGAUCAUGGAGACGGAGCAGCUGUCGCCGCGCCGCAAGGCGGUCAUCGCCGAGAACACCUUCAUCCUGGCCUUGGACGGUGACAUCGACUUCCAGCCGCGAGCCGUCCAGCUGCUGAUCGACCGGAUGAAGGCGGUGGACGAGCUGGGGGCCGCCUGCGGACGCAUCCAUCCGGUGGGCAGGGGCCCGAUGGUGUGGUACCAGCGCUUUGAGUACGCCAUCGGACACUGGCUGCAGAAGGCCACGGAGCACGUGAUCGGCUGCGUGCUGUGCAGCCCCGGCUGCUUCAGCCUGUUCCGAGCGAGCGCCCUGAUGGACAACAGCGUGAUGAAGCGCUACACGAUGGUCAGCUCGGAGGCCAUGAAGAUGGUGCAGUACGACCAGGGCGAGGACCGUUGGCUCUGCACGCUGCUGCUGAAGGCCGGCUCGCGGGUGGAAUACUGCGCCGCCUCGGACGCGUACACCCAUGCGCCGGAGAGCUUCAACGAGUUCUACAACCAGCGCCGCCGCUGGGUGCCCUCCACCAUCGCCAACAUCUUCGACAUCCUCGCCGACGCGGACACGGUGGUGCGAAAGAACAACUCGAUCUCCACGAUGUACGUGUGGUACCAGGGCAUGCUGAUGAUCGGUACCGUGCUGGGCCCCGGCACCAUUUUCCUCAUGAUGGUGGGCGCCCUGGUGGCCGUCUUCUCGAUCGACAUCUGGACCGCCUUCCUGUGGAACUUCUUCCCCAUCAUCUUCUUCAUACUGGCGUGUGUGUAUCUGAAGCAGAAGUACCAAUUGCUCAUGGCCUUCGUCAUUAGUGCGCUCUACUGUCUGGUCAUGAUGGCCGUCCUCAUCGGCAUCAUCGUGCAGAUGCUGGAGGACGGACCCCUGGCACCCGCAUCGCUUUUCUUCCUGCUCGUCGCCGUGCAGAUCACGAUUGCAGGCUUCAUGCAUCCGCAGGAGUUCUGGGCCUUGCUGUGCGGCGUCAUCUACUACAUCACCAUCCCCUCGAUGUACAUGCUGCUGAUGAUCUUCUCGGUGUUCAACAUGAACGACGUCUCGUGGGGCACACGAGAGGCGCCCGUGCUGAAGGACGACGACAUGGAGGCGGCGAAUGAGGCGGAUAGCCAACUGCCGGGCUGGCUGAACGAUCCUCUGCUGAUCGACUCGGAGCUGGGCGAAGUGUCGCUGAUGGAGCAGCGCUUCUGGAAGGACCUGAUCAAGCAGUACCUGAAGCCACUGGAGCUGAGUCGCGAGCAGAAGCAGGCGAUGGCCGAUGGGCUGAAGGAGCUGCGGAACAUGAUCGCCUUUGCCUUCGUGAUGGUGAACGCCAUCUUUGUGCUGAUCGUGUUCCUGCUGCAGCUGAAGAAGGAGUUCCUCCACCUCAAGUGGCCCAUCGAGCCCACGGACUUUGUGACCUUCGACAGGGACAACCUGAUGGUCGGCAUCUACAGGCAGUACAAGGAACUGGACCCCAUCGGUCUGUGCUUUGUGCUCUUCUUCGGGCUGAUCCUGAUCAUCCAGUUCCUGGCCAUGUUCUUCCAUCGCUUCGCCACCCUGUGCCAACUGCUGGCCACCACCCGGGUGGACUGGUUCCGGUCCGGCGGUCAGUUCACCGACGAGGACGCAGCCACCGAGCUGAAGGGCUGUGCCGUGAGCAUAGCCCGCAAUUUGCAGCGACCCAGGAGGCUCUUUGGGGACGACGACGAGGGGGAUCCCCACUACGACGACCUGGCGAUGGACGGGGCGGAGGGGGAGCAUCGGGAGCACCGGGAGAGCAUGGUGCGUCGCCAGACGAUCUGCCGGCUGCACGAGACCCGAAACAAGCAGCACAGCGACUACAGCAACCUGGUGCUCAACUUCCAGCGGCGCUUCUUCGGCGACGACGACCUGAACCUCAAGAACCUGGCCCUCAACCGCAAGUCCGUUAAGCUGCUCCAGAAGCGGCGCUCGGAGGCCAAGGUCAACGCAGCCACCACGCCCGGAGGCACGCCCACUCCGAAGGCCGGAAAGCGUCCGCCCCUGGUGCCCAAAAGGGUUAGCUUCUCGGCCUCCGAACGGAACAGCAUGGCGACCUACGACAACGGUGGCUACGAGCACACGGAGUUCUAGAAGGGAUUCAGCUGAUCCCACAAGUAUUAUGCAGAGAAUCUUCUUAACGUACUAUUAUCCAUAUCUAGGCGGGUGUUUUAGAUAUCUCUGACCUCUUAAAACUAUGUUAAAGGAGCUAAUUAUUCUUGCUAAACCUGUUGCAAUUAUGUCUCAACCGAAUUUAAAGCAGUAAAACAGACUAAUCCACAACUCAAUUAAUAGAUUUUAACGUCUAGAGCUUUCAAAAUACCCCUGUUUAUCUCCAUAUCUUUAUGCAAUUACAUAAUCGAAUCCCCAAGGGCCUUGGUGGCUUAAAAAAUAUAAU